UGUAUAUAAUGCUAGUAGAUGCUGUGGUGUUUAUAUUUGUUAUUCGGCUUUGGAAGUGAAAUAUUCUCUCUUACGUAUUCUUUUUGACAGGUUUUUAAGCCAGAUUGUGGUGACGAACAUAGCAACAAACAACACCACGUAUUUUCUAUGCAAUAGAUGGCUUUCUGUGGACGAAGAUGAUGGUAAAGUCCAUCGGGUCAUCCCAACGGCUCUCCCUGAGGACUUGAAGAAGUUUCGCAACUUGUUCUUAGCAAAGAGUUCAAGGGACAUAAACGACGGUCACCUGUGGUUCUCCGUGGUUGGCCGCCCUGCCCGGAGCCCGUUCACCCGUGUCCAGCGCCUGUCCUGCUGCCUGACGCUGCUCUACAGCACCAUGCUCACCAACAUCACGUUCUUCGGCCGCGGGGACGACUUCGACCCUCCCGAGCCACUCGUGUUCGGUGGAACGGAGAUCAACAUCCCUGUUUCGCUACCACAGAUUAUGAUCGGCAUACAGAGCGCAGCCAUCAUUUUGCCCGUCAAUAUUCUUAUCGUCUUCCUGUUCCGUAAUACUGGCCCGCAAGUCACCAAUAAGUCAAAGGCCGAGGAUCAGGGGAAGACAAAAUCAUCACUGCCUUGGUGGGCAGUCUAUAUAGGCUGGCUGCUAGUGUGGUCGGCGAGUUUCGUGGCGGCGUUCUUCACCGUGCUGUACACCCUGAGUUUCGGCCGGGCGAAGGCGGAGGCGUGGCUCGUCACCUUCCUGACGUCAUUCGUCACCGACCUGUUCCUGAUGCAGCCCUUCAAGCUGCUCAUAGUGGCUGUCAUUUUCGCUAUGGUGUCAAAGACACCUGUUGAAGACGACGACCCUCCGUCAGAACCUCUACAGCCGGGUGAGGAGUAUCUUCAGCCAGCCAAUCAGGAAAAUGAUUCCAGGCAUAUGAGUUCUGAGACUGGCAGUCCCGACUCACCACCGGACGAGUCCACUCUGGCUGAACAGCGACAGAAGAGCGCAGAGAAACGCAAAAGGCGCGCCGCUGUACUGGAGGUUCUGGUGUUCGGUCUUUUCAUUUCGGUCAUCAUGGCGGCCUCUUACGGGGAACGGAGUCCCAUGGCGUUCUACAUGACACAAAAUGUGGAAAGGCAAAUACUUGACGGUGGUGACGUUGCUUUUUCUGAGAUCAGUGACAUCCCCACGUGUUGGACCUGGAUAACAACCGGGUUGAUGCCCGCCCUCCAUGUGGGAACCUGGUACAACGGAAGGGCUAUAGCUGGUUCAGCCGCUAUGUUACUUGAGGACAUGGUCUCCUACCCGCUAGGCCAUGUACAGCUUCGGCAGAUGCGACUUAAACCAGGGAAGCAUUGUGAACCGCCCAAACAAAUGCUGAACGUGACGUCACGUUGUAUCGUGGAGUACUCCAAUGGCAUGGCUGAUAAUGAGAACUACAUCUUACAGUGGGCUCCCCAGCCUAACACAACAGUCAAUGCGACCGACGGAUCGAUCUGCGAUCACAUCAACGCUCAGAUACCUCCUGGAUUAUAUGACUGUGUAGGCAAUCCGUGGAUGCACACGUCUGUUUCACUCACCGACGAUAUGCCGUACUUCGGUAAACAUGGAUCCUACAUCGGCGGUGGCUACAUUACUAGCCUUCGAACAACAAACGACACAAACUUCCUACAACAGAACGGCUGGUUGGACGAAAACACCAGGGCUCUUUUCAUCGAGCUUAUCCUGUACAACCCGCACGUCAACUUGUUUUCUGUCGUGUCAUUGGCCGCGGAGUUCACCAAUCUCGGAGCAGUUUACAAAAGUUCGGAGAUCGUGACCGUCCGGCUCAUCCAACAUGACGUCAUCUUGCUUCUGGCCUUGCGAGGGGUGUUGGCGCUUUUUCUACUCUACUUCACACUUCGCGAAGGAAAGUCUCUACUGUCUCGUCCACUGGAGUACCUUAUGGAGUUCUGGAGCUGGAUAGAACUGUUGGUCAUCACCAUCGGUUUCUCCACCAUCGUGAUCUACUUCUACACACAGAACAUCAUAGACCAAGUCGCAGAACAACGACAGAAUGGCAACUCUGCUUUCCACCUGUACAAGAGCGCUGUCAGCUGGUUCCAACUCUCCACCUACUUCCGACGCCUUUACCUCCUCCGUAAUCUGAAACACUUUAACGUGUCCAUCGGCGACCUAGUCACAGUGUAUGUGACUUACAUCCGACCUGUCCUGGAGUAUUGUGCCCCCGUCUGGCACUCCGGGCUCACCACUGCACUUAGUGACAGGAUCGAGAAGGUCCAACGGAGAGCUGUGCGUAUAAUACUGGGACAGAGCUACACGUCUUACACUGAUGCCUGUUCUGACUUGGGUCUACCUUCGCUACAAGCACGACGUCUUGAACUGAUCACACACUUUGCUAACUAG